AUGAGCACAGCAUCGUCAGAGUGGAAACCAGUGCUCACAGCUAAGUCAGACACGUCUGACCACACAGUCUCUGAUGUGCUUACAAGCGAACUUCUCCAAGAGACCCCAUACUCCAAAGAAAAAAAAAUGCCCAUUCCUCCCUCAAGCCAACUGCCCCACGAAAGACUCGAGGUCCGUACAGAUACCUCCCAGCUGUCAGUGCCUGCCUCUGUUUCCUACUACCACUACAGUGACUACGAAGACCUGGCGACCCAGGUGCAGCCACAGCAGUUGGAACAGCAAUUGGAUACGCUGGUGAAGCCUCUGGUGAAGUCGCUGGUGAAGUCGCUGGUGAAGCUGAGCCCUAAAGUACCUUCCAAGCAUCUGAUGAUCGACAGAAAGACCCAUCUUCAGCUCCACAGCGGGCCCCUACAUCAAGUGCCAGAGCGGUUCUCGCAGUUCAUCGCUGACGUGCCCAGGUCAAAGGGAUCUAAUAACUGCUCGAGCGUAUACAGCGAGCACAGAGACAUUUCAGACUCCAUGGGGUCGCAAGCUACGAUUUUUUCAACAAGACAGGAUUCGCUGAGCAACAGGAGCAGGUCGAGGACUCGCAAGAGAACCAUUUUGCGGAGGAAGCCUACGAAGGCUGGGCCGGACUACGACAGAGCGUCUCUGGGACUUUUCCGCAGAAAAGCACUCAGGUUUAAAGACGGUUCUAUGGGUUACAGGCUUAAACUUCGGUUGCGCAAAUUGGUUGCAAAAUUGAAGGCCAUGAAACACUGGCCGAGAAGAGUCCAUGCAUUUGUCACCAAGAAGAAAGCCACGCAAAAGGCGGUGAUGAGAAAAGAGUCGCUUCAUCGCAGGAAGUCUUCCAAAACACCUUCUGCACCAGCAGCGAUCUCUGCUCCUCUCAAAAACCCAUACUUGGGCAAAGAGCAGGGUGCUUCUAGAGUAGAGGGGCUCACCGACGAACUCAAGCAUAUGGCUGGCCAUGAAGCUGCAAAAACAGGUGCUGUCGCUUCUCUCAAACCUGGGCCUGUGACAGCAGUUUCUUCUUCUCAUCCGUCAGGCAACGCAAUCUCUACAGACGAUGGAAAAUGGUCUCACAUCUCCAAGUUCAUCAGUGAACAGCAGGAACUCAGCAGCUCAGGCAGAGGCAAAACGUACAACUCUUCUUCGGCACUCACAGAGUCAGAUGCUCCACAGCCACCUCCACAUACUGUUUCUGCAUCAUUUGAAAAGCUGCAAAUGCAAGCUCUCUGGAGACGCUACUUGGCCAAUGUUCUCGCAAGAAGGAUUCAAUUGCGUCAAGAAAUCACCUUGUUCCAGGCCCUCGUGGCAGGCCAUAGUGUACCUUCGAUGUUGAAGGGAACGCCUGAAGUGGCUCUGUCUUACAAUGCCAGCAUCGUUAAAAAUAGCAGCGACAGAGAUACAAACUCCUUACCAUUGGAUCACUCGAGAGGAAAUUCUGCUGCUUCUGAAAAGAUUUUCAAGCCACUGACCGUGGCAGAGUCUGAACAGGCUCCUGAUGACGACAUGAUCUCUCUCGUGUCUGUCUCAGACUCGAUCUUGAGCGAUAACGAUGUUGUGUCAUUGCCGGAAGAGGUUUCCGAUUGGGAGGAGGACCCAACAGUGGUCAAGCUCCACGAGACUCUCAACCGUCGUUCCGUUCUUGGAGAGAUGUUGGAUUACGACUCUGACGACGCAACUUCUGCCUCUGGCUCUUCUAACUACCUGAACCUGGAAACACAAUCAGCCACAGAAUCUGCCAUAGUCAAGCGCUAUGGUACUCUUCGGCGUAAAAAGUCUACUGUUACAAGCACACCUGCUGCAGCUACUCCAGUGCCAGCUACUACAGUGCCAGCUACCCCAAGUUCCAAGUAUCUGCAAGAUACAGCUGAAGUAUCGUAUCAGAUCCCAAGAUCUACAGGCAUUCAUUGUAACUUGAAUGUAGCCGCUGGCAACAACUAA